GGGACCUGGCCGGCAAUGGUUCCCUAAUUGAUACUACAGGAUCUCCCUGCAACCCUCCAAAAUUUCUGAUGCUAGGUUGCUUAGCCAUAUCAAGGAAGUCAACGGCCUUGGGAGGAUCGAAAUAAUGCCGAAGCUAAUUGCGUGCAACUCAACAUUUUUUGUAUUUGUAAUGCUUGUGAUUGCGGGGGGAGGAGAGGAGAAAGGGAAGACGGAGAGAAGAAUGGAAGAAAGGGGUUCAUUCAUUCAUUCAACGUGCGCAUGUCAGCUUGGCAGGUCUUCGUCUGAUGAGGCUCGAGCUCAGCCCCUGAAGCCGCUCUCAUUGGGCGGGGCCCCUAUUGGAUGAGGUUUGAAAUGUGAGCACCCUUCUCUUUUAAAAAGGGCCACCAGGUCGCUUCAGACGUUCGGAUUUUAC